GUGCCGGCCCCUUCCUGCGGUGUCUCUGCAUCCGGGGGACGGGACCGUGCUCAGGUGCGGAAACUGCUCUCCGCUGCUCGCCCCGCGCACUGAUACCUGCAGGCCCGCCCCGCCUGCCUCCUCUCAGGCCCUACUGUGCUGUGGAGAGUACCUGGUCUGCUCAGAGGGGAAUGGGGCAUGUUAACAAUUGUUCUGUCUACUAGAAAUGGAAAGAUAAAAGGAUACAUGUUCACUUCAAGUAGAAAGGAGCAUGUUCCCAAAUUCUUCCAACUUGGGUCGUCCACCCUUCCCUCCGAAAUAUCAACAACAGAGUCCUUUCUUCACUAAACUUCCUCUAAACAUGCCUCCUACUCUUCUUUCUCACCAGCAAAUUGUCCUUCCUCCGUUUCAUCUUUGCAGUCCAGUGCUUUCUAGAGCUCUUUUGAGUGGGAGUGUUGAAACUUCUCCAGCUGUUACUCCAGCUGUUACACUGCAACCAGUGACUUACGGAAGUGUCAGUCCAGUGUCUACGCCAGAUGCCCUGAUGUCAUUUCAAGGAAGAAAGAGACAAAGUCAACAGAGUGUUCGAGAUGAUGCCAAACGGCAGCGGAUUCAUUCACAGGAUUCUGAUACAGCUGUAGUUAACCAAGCAGUGCCUUUGCCAAAGGGACAUAGACGCUCAUUCGCAGCAUCGGUUUCAGUUCAGUCUCCAGUGCUGCAUGCGAGUGGCUCACCAGCCUUAAUUGGAUGUGUCCCUCCUUUGCAAGAUACUUUGUUUCCAGAUCCUACAGAAACCAGGCUCCCUGUUGCCAAGGACGAGUUAAGUAAACAGGUUUUGGAGUUGUUUCAAGCAUGUCGGCAACAGGCCAUUGAUUUGGACAGAAAAGAGCUUUGCAGAACAGAACUCCAGAGAGAAAUUCAGCUAAUUUUUCCACAGAGCAGACUUUUUUUGGUUGGGUCCUCACUGAAUGGAUUUGGCACUCGUACUAGUGAUGGUGAUUUGUGCCUGGUGAUUAAAGAAGAGCCAGUGAAUCAGAAGACUGAAGCAAGAUGUAUACUCAGCUUAGUCCAAAAACUCUUCAGUACUAAACUUUCAAGCUACAUUGAGCGACCUCAGCUGAUCAGAGCAAAAGUGCCAAUAGUGAAAUUCAGGGAUAAAGUCAGCAAUGUGGAUUUCGACUUGAAUGUAAACAAUGUGAUAGGUAUAAGAAAUACAUUCCUUCUGAGAAGCUAUGCAUUCAUUGAGAAUCGAGUUCGUCCAUUAGUACUUGUUAUUAAGAAGUGGGCAAGUUUUCAUGACAUAAAUGAUGCCAGUCGUGGUACUUUAAGCAGCUAUAGUCUUGUGUUGAUGGUUUUGCACUAUUUACAGACCUUACCUGAACCCAUCCUUCCAUCCCUCCAAAAAAAUUACCCAGAAUGUUUUGAUCCUACUAUGCAGUUGAAUUUUGUUCAUCAAGCGCCAUGUACCAUUCCUCCUUACGUCUCAAAAAAUGGAUCAAGCCUUGGAGAUUUGCUAAUAGGCUUCUUCAAAUAUUAUGCCACGGAAUUUGAUUGGAGCCAUCAAAUGAUAUCAGUUCGUGAGGCCAAGGCUAUUGCAAGACCUGAUGGUAUUGAAUGGAGAAACAAAUUUAUUUGUGUAGAAGAGCCCUUUGAUGGGACAAAUACUGCUAGAGCUGUACGUGAGAAACAGAAGUUUGAUAUGAUCAGAGGUGAACUUGCACAGGCUUGGCGGUUAUUACAAGAGAAGAAAGACCUGAACUGUAUAUUGCCUUUAAAAGCAGUCAAACAGAAAAGAUAACUAGCUUCUUUAAUUUUCCCUUUUUUUCGGAUCCUGCUGAAAUAAAGAACAGUGUCAAAAUCAAGAGGCACUCACCCCAUGGUUUUUAUGACCUGUUUUUCUCUGUAAACUUUUGUUAAGGAAAUGUUUAUAAGGAUGUGGCAUAUUUUAUUAUCAGUAUUUGUUAAUACAGCUCUUCAAGAUACGCUUUCUGAAAAUGCUUGCAUUGACUUGUAGAAGAAACUCACAGCAAACAAGAAUACAUCUAUUUUAAGGAAAGUAUGGGGAUAUACUGACUUGUUUCUUGUGUGAUCUGUGUAAUCGUUAUUUCAGACAGAUUUAAUCAUGAAAGAUAGACAUUCAGAGUUAAACCAUGUGCAAAUCUGAUUACAUUCUUAAGGCACUGUGUACUACCAACUUCUUGAUGAACAGUCUGUGCAUUACAUCUGCUGAAUUGCAGUAAGCACUUCUGGUCAACUUAGCACUUUCCAGUUUUAUUUCACUUUUACUUGGAAUAACAAGCAACUGUUUAUGAAAAUGAAGCUAGAUUAUGGUUGGUAGUACUCUGAAUAUCAAGAACUGUAAUGUAAACCAAAAUUUUCAAGCAACAGUUGUACUAUGAAGAAGUUGAAGUAAAAAAGCUCAAUUCAAUGCA